UUUGGCUGUUUUUUUUUUUGCAGAAACUUCUUGAAUUGACAAAAUCGCAGUUGCACAAAAUUGUUUUGCACUGUUUUUUGCAUCGAUGUUUGUUGGUAAAUGUGACCUUUUAGCUGUACUCAUGUUCGACGAAUGUGAAUCGAAGAGGGCUUUGGCUGAAUGCAUGUUGUGAUGACGUCAAAUCUGUGGCAGUUUAGAAAAACUGCAAGCUCGUCCGAAUAUUAUGGCGUUUGCUUGAUUUUUGUAUUAACUUCUGCGAUUAGAAAAUCAUGAAAUUCCCUGGGGGCACUGGUCUAUAGCUCGAGUCAGCAGUUUAUUGUGAAGCUCAGUGUGUUAAAUAACUAAAUCGAGAGACAGUUCUUGCUUAAUGUAAGGAAACACUGUUUGUUGGUGACGUAUGUCACUCUGUGCAACAAAGUUUUGACUUACAAUCAUUUUACACACUACUAGUUAAUGAAACUACACUGCACUAGUUUUAAAUAAAUUACUCUAAACACAUGGUUUAGGACCGACGUUACACCCUGACCUCCAGUCAAAUUUGUGUUCAGUUAGUUCAACUGGCUGCUAGCUUUGUCUGUGCUUUGUCUGUGCUGGAAACAGGACUGGCCAGCAUACACCGCACAACGUUGUACAUCGUAUACGACUUAUUUAAACAAGUCAGAGAACUCGAAAAAAAAAAAAAAAAAAAGGAGUGUGGAAACUGGGGAUAAAUAAACAACCUGAAUCAUACAGAUGACUGUGAAUUUCUUGCUGUAUCAUAUCUAAUCUACAUUUGAUUGCCACUUGACGAUUGUUGCCGUCACCAGAAUAGCAGCUAUAAGUCAUGAACUUUCAUGAAAAAUCAAUGCUGCGUUCAAGAUCCUGAAGCUUGCGGCCAAAGAAGUGUAAAAUAAAAAUAAAUUAAUACAUAUAUAUUAAUUAGAUGCUGUGUGGCCUGUGGGAGAAGUGUUUAAGGCUGAUACUAAUUGCUAAGUGACCCAUGAUAUCUAUCUGUGAAUCCACUGCUUUCAUUCGCGUUCUCGCUGAGAUCCUAAUGAGUUAUUGCCAUACGUUUUCUGUGUUUUGCUUUCCUGUCGAAUUUUUUGUAUUUCUUGGAUUAUACCAUGGAAAAUACCAUUUGCCUUUUUGUAUUGUCAGGCUGUUUUCUAGUGCUAGGAUCAAGUACCACUCAUUCUGAUGUGGUUAAAUACUUGUGUUUUUUCGUUCCAUACUGAACGUCACGGGUUGAAUGGCGUGUCAGUGUUGAUUUAUUACCCUCACACCUGCAUGUGGAGAAACAUGAUCCGAAUGCAGCCUCUGCAUCUCCCAGUGAAUCCAGCUGAUCCCUUUCUUCCUGCUCUAGACCUAACACUAGACCUUGUGUUUGUGUGUUCACGCAGACAUUCACAGCUCUCGCAUACACACACCGAAAGACGAAGGCCAUGCUCAUCCUGUCUGAAUUUCCUCAGAUUUGCUUUUUGCUGGCUUUUCAUGAGCCUGAGGUCUCUCCCACACGUCAUUUCAAGCCUCAGCCAUAUUUAGACUAUUUUCCCCAGGCUGUUCUGAUGAGUAAUUGCAUUCACAUCUACACUUCAGACAUUUUGGGUCAGCACAGAUUAAGUAACCCACAUUUGUCAUAGAUUUUGAUUGAGGGCUGUGGUUGAACCCACGUUGUAGUCUCGCACGUCAGAUCUCGCACGUCAGAUCUCACACGUCGGUAGUCAGACACGUCAGAUUUCUUAGCAUUCCCUAGAGUUUGACAUAACUGACUGAAGUAGCAGAUGACUAACCACAGACCUUUUCCUGUCACUUAUCGGCAAACUUGUGAGCAACAUUAGUUGUUGCUAAUUGAAAACAGACCGAACUCCUUAAUAUUAUCUUUAAAUAUUAUUAAUAUUCUGUCAACUAUUUAGUGAGUAGUGACCAUAACUUUCCUCAAAAAGCUUAUUGUGUCUCAGCGUUCAAAUGUGUUUUUUUUUGGGGAUGCCUGCAUCCCAAUUGUCAUACUUAUACUAUGUACUAAAAGUAUGUACUCUUUUUGUGAAGAAAAAUAACCUACUUGUGAGUGUGUAUUAAGAGUAUGCAUGUACAGGGACAUAUUAACACGUCAUGUAACGGAAGAGAACGUUGUUGCCCGGAAGAGAGUGCUGUCCAUCACCUUUAACAAACUCCUCGUUGCAUUUCAGCUUUUCUUCAUUCGUUAUUCCUUCUAUAAUUAAUACUAUAUAAUUAAAUUUACCAUUCCCUUGAUUUUUUUUUAUAUAACAUUUUUUUUAUACACAUUUCAUUUACACCAUUCUAAAAUGCAUACUUGAAUUCGGCGAAGCAAACGGUCACAAAACUCCUCCUGCCUGCCACAAGGAGUUGGUGGAAAUAACUGAGAAAGGGUCCACGGAUCCACACUUUGAAAAUCUUCCGGAAACAGCGGACCAUCCAUGUACCUUUUGGGAUAGUCAUUUCAACAUUACUACAACAGCCUUUUUUUUUUUUUUUUUUUUAAAAAUGAUAUACCUAUUUUCAUCUUGGAUUGGUAUGCCAAUUGAGACUGUGCAUAAGUGGAGAACUCAGAGCCAUUAUAUUGUAACCUUCAAUAUCCUAAAACUUGUGGCUAGAAUAAUGUAGAAAAGCCAGGCUAUCAGAAGGUUUGUUUCCUGUGGGCGAAGUGUCUGAGCCUGAGAGUGAGUCACGAGCACUAUCUGUGAAUUUCCUGCAUGGCUCUUUACCAGAGUUUGUGCUGUACUUGUUCUCUCUAAUGUGAGUUAUUGUCUUCAUUAUGAUGAUUUGCUCUCUUGGGUUUUUUUUUUUUUCUUGGGUUGCCGUUUGUAAGACUUGUUACAUUCAGUAAAUAAGUGAACAGGUGUGAAUAUCUAAGGAUUGUAGGUGCUUUCUGAGGGACGAGGACCUAGCUGAGGCUCUGAACUCUGUAGGUGGGGAUCAGGAUGCUGAGAAGGAUGACAUCAUUCAGGUCCAAAACCUGACGCCUCCUCAAAGAGCCAAGCUUUGGAUGAUUGCUCUAAAUGUGGCAGGUAAAGGAGACAGUUUAUCCUCAUGGGACGGGGCUUUGGAUUUACCAGAACAGACACUCGUACACAACCGAAGCCAGCAGCUCAUUGAUCAGCUGGGGCUUCCUGCAGAGGAGGACCGGGACCUAGUGGGGGACGUGGAGGCAGUGAUCACUUUCUAUUGUAAGUCACGAAAUGUGACGUUCACAGCUGAACUCAGCUGGCCCAACCUGCUCAAACCACUGCUGGGCCUCCAGUUAGCCCGCAGCGACCUCUACAACUGCUUCUACGCCAUCAUGAAUAAGUACAUUCCCAGGGACUGUGUGCUGAAGGGGCGACCGUUCCACCUGUACAGACUGCUGCUGCAGUACCAUGAGCCUGAACUCUGCUCAUUCCUCGACACCAAAAAGAUCACACCAGACUCAUACGCCAUGAACUGGUUGGGCAGUCUGUUCUCUAGUCACUGUCUUCCUGAGGUCACUCAGGCCUUGUGGCACAUCUACUUCCAGCAGGCCGACCCCUUCCUCAUCUUCUUCCUUAUGCUCGUCAUUCUCGUCAAUGCCAAAGACAUGAUUCUUUCCCAAGAAGGAGACAGUAAAGAGGAGCUCAUUAAAACGCUGGAACAGUCACCUACCUUGUUGGAGGCUGAGGACAUUGAGGAUCUGUUUUCACUGGCGCAGUAUUACCAAAGCAAGACACCCCUCUCUCUCCGAAAGGAGAACCAGAACCUGUUUGGCAGCAGUCUGGUGGCUCUGAAGGAGGAGGACAUGGACCUGAGUCAGGCUCUAUGUCUCCCUGUCUCUGUACCCGAGAUCCUGCAGGCCAAUCAGCUCCAGUCUGAGGGAGUGCGCUUCUUUGUAGUGGACUGUCGGCCAGCAGAGCAGUACAACGCUGGACACUUGUCCACCGCCUUUCACCUGGACUCUGAUCUGAUGUUGCACAAUCCGUCUGAGUUUGCUCUGUCUGUGAAGUCUCUGCUGGAGACGCAGAAGCAGUCUCUGGAGUCGGGCUCAGUGGCCAGUGGUGAACAUCUGUGCUUCAUGGGCAGCGGGCGCGAGGAAGAAGACAUGUACAUGAACAUGGUGCUCGCUCACUUCCUGCAGAAAAACAAGGAGUAUGUCAGCAUCGCUAAAGGUGGAUUUAUGGCGCUGCAACAGCAUCUGGCAGACAUUAACGUGGAAGGGCCAGACAACGUGUAUGUACAUUGGAUAGUCAGCACUUCAGGAUCCCACAGCAGCCUCAGCUCAGCAGAUGGGGAGCUGAAUAGCACAGGGGAUGGCAAAGGUGUCAAAUCCCUUGUCAACAAAAUGACCUUUGCCCUCAAAUCCAAGUCAGUUAAUGUGAAAGAGAAGGUGAUCAGCUUCAUUGAAAACACCUCAACUCCAGUGGACAGACUAUCUUUCACUCUGCCCUGGCCAGAGAAGGGGAUACCUGAUCGGCAUGUGAGCAGCAGUGACAGAGUGGGUAAACCCUACAGGGGUGUGAAGCCCGUCUUCAGCAUCGGCGACGAGGAGGAAUACGACACGGAUGAGAUUGACAGCUCUUCAAUAUCAGACGAUGACCGCAAAGAGAUCGUGAACAUACAGACAUGGAUUAACAAGCCAGAUGUGAAGCACCACUUCCCAUGUAAUGAGGUGAAAGAGACUGGACACAUGUUCCCCAGCCACCUGCUGAUCACAGCAACACACAUGUACUGUCUGAGGGAGAUCGCCUCGCGGAAAGGAUUUGCCUACAUCCAGUCCAGACAGGCGUUAAGCUCCGUGGUGAAGAUCACCUCAAAAAAGAAGCAUCCGGAGCUAAUCACGUUCAAGUUUGGCAACAACAACUCCGCAGGAGUGGAAAUUAUGGCUGUGGAACGGUAUUUGAUCCCGAAUGCUGGGGACGCCACUAAAGCCAUCAAGCAGCAGAUCAUGAAGGUUCUGGAUGCUCUCGAGAGCUCGUAGAGUUGCUGCUGUUCUGAGGCUUCAUUCUGGCUGUAUGCAGUGAGACUGCCGUGUCUAACACAAGUCAGCAGAACCGUGCAGAGGGAAAGGAAUAGUCUGUCUUUCUUUCCUUUCAUCCAAUCUCUCUCUCUGUCUGACUGUCUCUCUCUCUCUCUCUCUCUCUCUCUCUCUCUCUCUCUCUCUCUCUCUCUCUCUGUGUGUGUGUGAAUGGUCUCCUGGACAGUACUGACAUUCAGUAUUGCUGAUGACAUUGAUGGGAGACCCUCAAGAUUUCAACACAAGCCGUCGUUCUGUUUAUCCUUUGGCAUUUUCUUCUUGUUCCCAUCAAGAAAAUCUAACCCUUUAGGUGUAAGGUUGGACUUAUCGCCUCGGUCUGAAUGUCUGUCAAGCCUUAAUCCUGUCGCUAAACCGCAGUUUUUUCUAAUGCGAAGGACUCAAAGGCAGAGCCUGCGGUGAGAUAAAGGACUCGAGCCCCGAAACACUCGGUGUUUUCUUUCGUCUUGUUUAAUUUCUGGAUAUUCUCAUCAUUCAGUCAUUCAUCUAGUCACUGCAGUAGACUUUCGACGAGUUCCGUGCAUAUUUAUCCGAGCAGUAUUUAUGCCUGCGAGUUAAGACCGCUGAAUCGAUGCCGUAUUUAUAUUUGAAACCUGUUGUGGAUCGCUAAAGUGAUGCACAGGUGAUCAUCGUCAUCACGCAGCACGUAACACAUGCACUUGAUUCAGUUGUUCCCACAGAUGUCACUCUAAUAACUGAUCUCGAAAAUAUAAUUCACUCAGAAAUGAGUCAUUCCUCACGGUCUGUGCUUGCAGCCUUAAAGCAGAAGUGAAAGUUAAGAGAAGUGGUCUGUGGGUGAGUGAUAUUUGUAAAUACUGUAAAACUGUACCUAAUGGUAGGCGUUGGAAAAAUGUAUUUAUGAACAGAGUCUGAAGACGCUGAUGCCACUAAUAAGAGCAGCUUUGCUGAGGAUCAUGUUUUGUAAUUAAAAUAUUUAACAUUAAAGUCAUGGUUUGAUGCGACCAAGAUGAUGAUAAACAAACGAUACAGCAGGCCAACGUGACCCUUCAUCGUAACUCUUAAUCAGCAUUUUGAGUAUGAAUGUGUGGUUUUGUUUAUGAACUGAACUAUAGGACAGAAUUAUAGGAAGAAAGAAUGAGUUGAUAUUGCUGGUAAAUUCAUUCACCGUUUGCUUUACAAACAAAUCUCAGCUUUUCAGCUUGUACACAUUUUCUGUCGAACCUACAUUAUUAUUGUUCUUUGGGAAAAUCUCUUGUUUUAAUAAAUUUACAAGUAGCCUACAAA